GAUAUUCAAAUGAUCCAAAGGAAGGAGAUUCCAAUUCCAGCUCUUAAUCCACAGGUUGGGAUACAUGGUCCUGUUCCCUCAACAGUACAAUGCAGCAAGCAAUCUUUUGGGCCAGAAUUACAGGUGCCCAUUUCCGUAUCCACUGGAGGAAUUCCUCAAGGGACAUUAGAUCCUGGACAUGUGAAUCAAUCUGCGUGUAUUGCAUCAGAGUUAAAGCACGGAAAAACUGUCAAACAAGGUGAAACAUUGCAUCAACUUGAUGCCUACACACAGGUAAAAGAAUCCAGUGCUGAUGGAGGAAUAACGAAAGAGUCUGAACCAGCAUCUGAACCCAUCGAUGUAGAUCCAAUUCCAACAAUUGAAAACACUGAUAAGGAGCUUGGAAUUGGCCAGCAGGCUGUGCCUCAUUUGCAUCAACUGAAUGAGGUUGUGAUUCAUGGUGAACCAAAUACAUCAAAUAUUGAACUCAACCUGACCCCUCGUUCGGCUGAACCCGAAGCGGGGCCUUCUGGGCAGACUAGUAAACCUGUUCACAACGUUGUGGAGAUGCAGGACUUGCCCAAAACUGAUUUGCUAGAUGAUACAGAAACUAAGCAUGCUAUUGAGACUUCAAGAAAAGUUGAUACCUCAAACUCAGAUGGAAGGCCAAGUAGUGAUUUUGCUAAUAUUCCUGAUGUGGGAUCAAACCUUGCAAGUGGGACCAGCCAACCUGGAUCCAUGCCAUCUGAACAGAUUGGUGAACCUGUUCCUUCCGAGUCCACGCUCACACCAUCUGAAGAAUGUGAUUUGCAGGACAAGAGUGAUCUCCAGAACAGUAGCACCUCUGGUGCCUACUACUGAAU